GUCCGUCUUGUACAAAUAUUUUCCCGGUCUGAACGCAUGUACUAUUAUUGUAAUGUGUGGAAUUUUUUGCGCAAUUAAUCAAAAUACAGUUAGUUGUAUUGAACUAAAUAACACCCUAAAAACAGUCCUAAAUAAUCGUGGUCCAGAUGUGCAGGAUGAGCUACUUCUGGGUAAUGUUUUACUCUCCGGCAGUGUCUUGUGGCAACAAGGAGAGAGUAUACAAAAACAGCCUGUAAUCGAAGGGGACUGUGUAUUGUUGUUUAAUGGAGAUUUGUACAACUUGGAAAAACCCGACUCAAUGUCAGACACGUUAUGGUUAGCUAAGAGGUUGUCUGAAUGCCACUGUGAUGAAGAGAUUCUUGCUGUCCUGAAAGAGUUGGAGGGUCCAUAUUGUUUGAUAUUGUAUACGAAUCAAAUGCUUUACUUUGCCCGAGAUGCACUGGGUAGAAAUUCAUUGAUAAUAGAGCAUAAUCAGCAAGGAUUUCAUUUAUUGAGCACCUCAUUUUACUCGGGGAUCGAUGAGUUAUCAACACUAGAAUUGCCGCCGUUGGGACUGUACAAAUUAAAAAUAGACACGUUGAGCAGCUGUGUACUAUUUCCCUGGCAGACCCUGAAUGAAUAUACGCACCAUCAACUCAGCACACUUGAUUUGGCAAUGGGCUGGAAAACGAUGAUCAAACGUACAAUAUCACCAGAUUGGUUGUUAAAAAGCCAACUAGAUUUUGAUUUCGACUUUUACAAAGUUGCCUAUAUUGACAACCAUGAACAGCUUUAUGAAAAUCUGCUUAGUUUUCCCCAAAUCCAAUUAGCAUUAGCCACCUUCAAUAAGUUACUUCAAAGUUCUGUGGCAUCACGAGUCAAAACGCCCCCCUUUUGUCGUGAUUGCUUAAAGAUUGUCCAAAACACUCGCUGUACCCACGCUAAAGUGUGUAUACUUUUUUCUGGUGGCAUCGAUUGCACUGUUUUAGCUAUCCUUGCUGACAGAUAUGUACCAGCUGAAGAACCGAUAGAACUUAUUAAUGUGGCGUUUGAAAGAAUUACUGCUCAAAAUACAGCUGCAACACAGGAAUACUGGAAUGUUCCGGACCGUAAGACUGCGUUACAGUCAUACACUGAGCUGAAACGAAUAUGUCCCAAGCGGUGUUGGAACCUGAUAGAAGUCGAUGUGAACCGUCAGGAAUUACAGCUUCACCUCUCAAAACAUAUCCAUCAUCUUAUCUAUCCGCUACAGACAGUGUUGGAUGAGAGUCUAGGCUGUGCGUUUUGGUUCGCUACCCAUACUACGUACUCAUCUGCCAGAGUUGCCGUCAUAGGUUCGGGUGCUGAUGAAUUGUUCGGAGGAUAUAAUCGCCAUCGAAACGCUUAUAGACACUGUCUGGGAGACGACCGGGAGCGUCAACUUGUUGUACAGAAUGAACUCGAGAAAGACUGGCAGAGAAUACCUGCUCGAAAUUUGGCGAGAGAUGAUCGCGUUAUUGCGGAUAAUGGCAAAACAGCGCGGGCACCUUUCAUCGAGGAGAACGUUGUUCAAUUUGUUCGGUCUUUAGAGCCGAAACAGAAAUGUUGCUAUAGCUUUCCUGAAGGUGUCGGUGAUAAAUUGCUAUUAAGGUUGUAUGGAUAUCAAUUGGGUCUGCGGGACGCGGUGCUGUUGAAAAAGCGAGCUAUUCAAUUUGGUUCAAGAAUUGCUGACAAAAAGCAGCACGCAGCACAGCAUUCUAUUUACUUACAGUUUAAACUUGCUAAUUCGUUGGGAAAUAAAAGUUGAAAUAAAAGCGAACAAAUUUCAGAAUAGUUAUGCAUUU